AUGCUGGAAGCAGAUGUGGAGCCGCAUGUCAUCAGCUGCAAUGUCGGGAUCAGCGCAUGCGGGAAAGGCGAGCAGUGGCAGCGGGCCCUGCGUCUUCUCAGCGAGACGUCAGAGGCAAAGCUAGAGCUUACCGUCAUCAGUUAUGGCGCUGGGAUCAGCGCAUGCGAGAAAGCUAAGCAAUGGCAGUGGGCUCUGUCGCUGCUCCGCGAGAUGUUGGCAACAAAGGUGGAGCUGAAUGUCAUCAGCUGCAACGCUGGGGUGAGCGCAUGCGGGAAAGGCGAGCAGUGGCAGCGGGCCUUGCAGCUUCUCAGCGAGACGUCAGAGGCAAAGCUAGAACUGACCGUCAUCAGUUACAGCUCUGGGAUCAGCGCAUGCGAGAAGUGCAAGCAGUGGCAGUGGGCCCUGUCGCUGCUCCGCGAGAUGCUGGAAGAAGAUAUGGAGCCCAACGUCAUGAGCUACAACGCUGGGAUCAGCGCGUGCGAGAAAGGCGAGCAGUGGCGGGAGGCUUUGUCGAUGCUCAACGAGAUGCGGGAGGCAACGUUGACACCCGACGUCAUUAGCUUCAACGCUGGGAUCAGCGCAUGCGAGAAAGGCGGUCAGUGGCAGCGCGCUCUGUUGCUGCUGGGCGACGUGCGGAAGGACAAGCUGGAGCCCACCGUCAUCUAUACUAUCUACGGGGGCGGGAUCAGCGCGUGUGAGAAGGGCGGGCAGUGGCAGCGGGCUCUGUCGCUGCUCCGCGAGAUGCUGGCGGCGGAGUUGGAGCCCAGCGUCGUCAGCCACAACGCCGGGAUCGGCGCCUGCGAAAAGGGCAGGCAGUGGCGGCACGCUCUAUCGCUGCUCCGCGAGAUAUGUGGGAUGUGGCGUUGGCUCCUGACGUCAUCAGCUACAGCUCUGGGAUCAGCGCCUGCGAGAAAGGUGAGCAAUGGCGUCGGGCCCUGUCGCUGCUCCGCGAGAUGGUGGAGGCGAGGCUGCGGCCUGGCGGCAUCGGCUACAGCGCCGCGGUCAGCGCGUGCGAGAAAAGCGGGCAGUGGCAGUGGGCUUUGUUGCUACUCGGCGGAGCGCGGGAAUCGAAGCUGGAGCUCGACCCCUGGUCAUUUACAACGCAGGGAUCAGCGCGUGCGAGAAGGGUAA